AUGGAAGCAGCCCCUUCGGUGAAUGUUGAUAUGAAUACGUCUGCCCCUGCUGUGAAUGUGAAUGGCUCUGUCGUGGAUUCUCCUCCUGUCAUGGAAAAACAUCAGUUCCUGUCAUGUAUAAAAGAACAUCCUCAACAAUCAAGCGCGGCUGUAAUAAUCUUCAUCGUCAUCUUUGCUUUGCAGUUUGGAUCCAAGUAUUUGUGCAUUUUAAAAAAGAUGAAAGGAUCAACUACUGUUGCGGAUGCUCAACUACGUGCGGAGAUCAAACAACUUUAUAAGGAAGCGAGUGCACUUUCACAACCUUCAACAUUUGCACAAGCCGCUAAACUUAGGAGGACGGCAGCAGCAAAAGAGAAGGAACUUGUCAAAAAUCAAGAAUUGCAGAGUAAGGAGAUAAACUCGUCAUUUGAUUCAUACUCGAAAAAUUUGAUGACGAUAAAGAUCCUUAUACAUAUCACAUUUACUUAUUGGUUUUGGCACACUCCUGUGGCCGCACUCCCUGAUCAACUUGUACAACCUUUUGGAAGAUUUUUGUCUUGGAGAUCAGGAGGUUAUUCAAACGGUUAUGUUAUGGUUGGUAUUAUCCAAUGGCUAACAGUGUCUACCAGUGUUGCGAAAUUUGUUUGUGAACAAAUAUUCAAGUUUUAA